AUGGCUACUCCAGCUCAGACCAAUGCCCAUAACAACGGCCCCAUCGACCACAACGACCUCAACGAGUGGAAGGAUCGUUUCAACGAUGUCCUAGCCCGUCCCAGCGAGCACGUCAACUCCAAGUCUCCCGAGACAUCUCAACCUUGGCAGAACAGCUUCUUUGGCUGCUUCAGCCCUAUCAGCCUCUGCGCUAUUACAUGUUGCGUUCCUUGCGUGACCUUCGGCAAGACCCAUCACCGUCUUCGUAAGAACGGUAGCUUGGAGGGAUAUGAGCCCAUCAACACCUCCUGCCUUAUGUUUUGGGGAUCCACUUGUGUCGGUCUUCAUUGGAUUCCUCUCGCUCUCCAGCGUGCCAACCUUCGCGAGAAGCAUCAUCUUCAGGGAAGCUGCCUUGUCGAUCUCGCUACUGCAUGCUGUUGUGGUUGCUGUGAUUUGAUCCAGCAGGAUAAGGAGGCGGAGUAUCGUGAAGCUCACGUUGCAUCCGGCGAGGGCUACAAGGCCAAUGAGGGCAUGAGCGUCCCCGCCUGA